AACCAUGGCAUAUAGAUGUAUAUCUGUUCAGCUACUUUUUAUAAUAAGAAUACUAUGUGUGCAAACAUGCACGGCCAUAAUUGAUCCAAAUGGUAGUGACGUGGGCGUAACUUCAUGUUAUGACAUGCAACUCUUUACGGUUUUAUAGCUCAUUCGUGUUUAUUGGAGCGUAUCAACAAAGGAUGUUGUUACAAAAACUGAAGCGAAAUGCAUGCGUUUAAAAGUGAAACAAAAAAAAGGUCUGCGUUCGUUCUGAACAUAUGUUAAGAUUUGACUGUCAAGAGGAGACUCGGUUGUCGCUGUUCGAAUUCAAGUUCAUCUCAAGUGCAUUAUGGAGACUUGCGUGAUAGCCGUCGAGGAAAACCAAAACGAUAUCGUCAAGGCACAUUCGUGUUUCGAGAGGACGUUUUCAUCCAUGACCGUGGACGAUGUGUAUGAAAUUGCUAAAGCGGUGGGGGCAGAAGUGGAGAAACUCAUCGACAGCUAUGGGAAGUCGAGUGUGGAGGGUCUGGUGUCUCAUAUAGUAAAAGUGUUAGAGCUAUUGGAGAGUUUCGCAGCAAGAAACCAAGCUCAUAAAUGUAAGGAAGAGGAACUAUUAAAGGCGUUUGAGACAUUACAGAUACAGCAGCAGAAGAAACGACACGUGAAGGAGUGCGAUGAGUCCAGCAACAGUAACGUUACAGAGAGAGGGGACUGGCAUCAGAAAGAGAAGAAACUGAAGGAAAACGUAGAAGUGUUACAGUCCCAGGUGCAACAGCUCAAGGAAGAAAAUCAGGAGCUUCUUGCCCGUUUACAAUGCACACACUCCAAAGAAGACCGCACACAGCGUCAGGAACGAGAGGUAAUGCUCAAGCUGAAGGAAGUGGUGGAUAAGCAACGUGAUGAGUUGAGAGCGAAAGUGCAGGAGAUUUCCAGCAUGUCCAAGGAAGUGGAAGCGCUCCAGGAGCAGCAGGAGCGACUAAUGAAGAUAAACGCAGAGCUCAGACACAAGCAGAACAUCAUUCAGACUCAGCUGAAGAGCGCAGUGGAGAGGAGGGCCGACCUGGAGGCCGACCUGUGCGAGAAACAGAAAGAGAUCGAGCGCCUGAACUCACAAUUAGAAAGAGCCAGCGUACAUACUGCUGCUGAAACGAGCAGUGCAGCCAUAGACCUCACAAAUAAGAUGAUCAUUGAUUUGAAGGAUCCAAAUCGACCGUGUUUUACAAAGCAGGAAGUACGAGACUUGCUUUCUGAAAAGAACGAGUUGAAGGCCAAUCUGUUUCUUGUCAAAGAGGAGCUUGCAUAUUAUCAAAGGGAAAUCCUGAAUGAUGAGAGAUGCCCAGGGUUCUUACUGGAUGCCGUGCGCUCUACCAUAAAGAAGCAGAGGACCGUCAUAAAGUCUAAAAUGCUUGGCAUACCCGUUAGUGAAUGUAGAAUAGAUGAGACAGAUGGUCCUUUGUUUGAGAGGAGUGGAAAUGAAGACAAUGACACUGACAGCACUGAGAACAGACCCCAGGGCUCACGCAUCAGAAAACUAUUUGGUUUCCUGACGCCGUCCAGUCUUACUUGGAGCUCUGGUUCUCAGUCUUCCGGCCUUCCAACAUCCAGCUCCACAUGGGAAAUCCUUGAUCCAGACGAGCAAGGAGACGAAGAGGAGACACAGACCCUCAGCUCCUCUUGAGAACCACCGCAGCUGCCACACAUCUUCACCUGGGUUGGAAGAGAGAAAUGUUUUCUUUAUUUGAUUUAGGUUUCAAACCGGAGAACAGACGACUCUUGUAUUUGCUUAUACAAACAUAGUAUUAAUAGUUGUUGCCUAAGCCAACCUUUUUCUCAGUAUAAAUCAUUCAGCACUUGGCUUUUGUAAGUUAGCUGAUAGCUAGAUUUGUGCCUGAUGGACACUCAGAGUCACAGAUGACCUUAAGAUGAAAUCAGAUUGGAUCAGUCAUAUCCAUAUUGUUGUUGUUUGUUUACCAUUUAAAAAUGUAGGGUCAGGAAGAAUUUCCCAUGUUUUUGAAAAAAAUCUUUUAAUCGCCAAGGCUGAA